AUGAGUAACAUGGUGACAGAGAUUUUGGCCUUUAUUCUCACCACGUCUGGCUGGGUCCUGAUCUCCUCCACCAUACCCACGGAUUACUGGAAGGUGUCCUCUCUGGACGGCACGGUCAUCACCACAGCUACCUUCUGGUCCAACCUGUGGAAGACCUGUGUCACUGAUUCAACAGGAGUCUCCAACUGCAAGGACUUUCCCUCCAUGCUGGCACUGGACGGCUACAUCCAGGCCUGUCGGGGUCUGAUGAUCACUGCUGUGUGUUUGGGCUUCUUUGGUGCUGUCUUCGCCUUGGUCGGAAUGAAGUGCACCAAGAUUGGGGGAUCAGACCAAAGCAAAGCCAGGACAGCUUGCAUCGCCGGGGUCAAUUUCAUACUCAGCGGUCUCUGCUCGUUGUCUGCAUGCUCCCUGUAUGCACACAGGAUAACAUCUGAGUUUUUUAACCCCAUGUUUGUCGCUCAGAAGUAUGAACUGGGGGUUGCCUUGUUCAUUGGUUGGGCAGGAUCUAUCCUUUGCAUUCUGGGAGGGGUGAUACUCUGCUUCUCAAUAGCAGAUAGUUCCACUACAAGUCACACAGGCUAUGCCUACAGAGGAGCUACCUCUGCCUCUAAUGUUUCUUCUCACCCUAGAGGGCAUGCACAGCCUAUGAGCCAGAGGCCUCCACCAGAGUACAGUAGCUCUUCUAGAGUACAGCACUUUGAUAAGAAUGCCUAUGUGUAA